AUUCCAGGCCGAGUGUGUGGGAGGAACGCAGUGCCUGGAAUAGGAGGGUCGCAAGGUGGCUCGAGGAGGACGGGCCCUCGCUCGGGGUUCAGUGGCACCAGACCUAAAAAGAAGUCUAGGCAAGGCGCGGCUGGCCACAGCCCAGCUGGUGGAAAGCCCAAAGGGCCCACGUGGAGAAGCAGAGACGAUAGGCCUGGUCCAGAAUCCAUCACUGGCCAGUGUGCGAGAGCCAACCCAGUGAGGAAACCCACCUGAAGGAAGGACCUUCUGGAAGAGGAGGAGUACGAAUCCGUGUAUGUGUUCCUAGGAAGGUAAAAAGGAUCCCAGAGGUAAUUAAUCAGAAGAGAAUCAACAGUCAUUUCUACAGUCUCUUGAUGGAUCCUGUCCGGCCAUUGUUCAGGGGGCCCACCCCUGUCCAUCCAUCUCAGUGUGUUCGGAUGCCAGGCUGUUGGCCACAAGCUCCUAGACCUAUGGACUCAGCCUGGGGUAGGGCAGGACCUACAGGCAGAGGCCUUGUGUUUAGAAAGCCAGAGGAAUCCAGCCCACAGCUCCAGCCAGUACAAAAGGAGUCUGUGGGUUUGGUGUCCAUGUUCCGUGGCAUGGGCCUUGAUACAGCCCUCCGGACCCCUUCAAAACGAGAAGCGCCUUCUUUAGGCAGAGGUGUUUUAGGUCGAGGCUUGUCUGCUAACAUGGCCCGCAAAGACAGAGAAGAACCCCGUUCCUCUUUGCCUGAUCCUUCGAUACUGGCAGCUGGGGACAGCAAGCUGGCAGAGGCUUCAGUUGGUUGGAAUAGAAUGCUGGGAAGAGGCAGUUCUGAUGUCUUGUUACCACUGGGAAGAGCAGCUAGUAGUAUAGGCCGAGGAGUGGAGAAAUCUCCCAGUGCCUUCGGCCUGACGGCUCGGGAUCCCCCACGGCUGCCCCAGCCUCCAGCUCUGUCUCCGACCUCACUGCACUCUGCAGAUCCCCCUCCAGUCCUGACUAUGGAACGAAAGGAAAAAGAGCUUUUGAUCAAGCAAGGAUCAAAAGGAACCCCUCAGUCUUUAGGACUGAACCUCAUCAAAAUCCAGUGUCAUAAUGAAGCAGUGUAUCAGUAUCAUGUGACUUUCAGCCCCAAUGUGGAGUGCAAAAGCAUGAGGUUUGGCAUGUUGAAGGACCAUCAAGCUGUCACAGGAAACGUCACUGCCUUUGAUGGGUCUAUUCUCUAUCUUCCUGUUAAGCUUCAACAAGUUGUUGAGUUAAAAAGCCAGAGAAAAACCGAUGAUGCCGAGAUCAACGUCAAGAUUGAGCUGACGAAGAUUCUCGAGCCCUGCUCUGACUUGUGCAUCCCCUUCUACAAUGUGGUUUUCCGACGGGUAAUGAAACUUUUGGAUAUGAAGCUUGUGGGGAGAAACUUCUAUGACCCUACAAGUGCCAUGGUACUACAGCAACACAGGUUGCAGAUCUGGCCCGGCUACGCAGCUAGCAUCCGGAGGACAGAUGGAGGUCUCUUCCUGCUUGCUGAUGUCUCUCAUAAAGUCAUUCGGAAUGACUCUGUGCUGGAUGUCAUGCAUGCUAUCUACCAGCAGAACAAGGAGCAUUUCCAGGACGAGUGUAGCAAGCUUCUGGUCGGCAGCAUCGUCAUCACCCGCUACAACAACCGCACCUACCGCAUCGACGAUGUGGACUGGAACAAGACCCCCAAAGACAGCUUUGUGAUGUCAGAUGGGAAGGAGAUCACAUUCCUGGAGUACUACAGCAAAAACUACGGGAUCACAGUUAAGGAAGAUGACCAGCCGCUGCUCAUCCACAGGCCCAGUGAGAGACAGAAUAACCACGGCACGCUGCUGAAGGGUGAGAUCCUGCUGUUGCCCGAGCUCUCCUUCAUGACGGGGAUCCCUGAGAAGAUGAAGAAGGACUUCAGGGCCAUGAAGGACUUGACUCAGCAGAUUAACCUGAGCCCUAAACAGCACCACACUGCUUUGGAAUGCCUGCUGCAGAGAAUUUCACAAAACGAUACAGCCAACAAUGAGCUGACCCGCUGGGGGCUCAGUCUGCAGAAAGAUGUCCACAAGAUUGAAGGUCGUCUUCUACCAAUGGAGAGGAUUAACUUAAGGAAUACUUCAUUUGUCACGUCUGAGGACCUGAACUGGGUUAAGGAAGUGACCAGAGAUGCUUCCAUCCUGACUAUUCCCAUGCAUUUCUGGGCACUUUUUUACCCAAAGAGAGCAAUGGACCAGGCCAGAGAACUGGUUAACAUGUUGGAGAAGAUAGCUGGACCCAUUGGCAUCCGCAUAAGCCCCCCAGCCUGGGUUGAACUGAAGGAUGACCGAAUAGAGACCUACAUCAGGACCAUUCAGUCCCUCCUGGGAGUUGAGGGGAAGAUACAAAUGGUCGUUUGCAUCAUCAUGGGCACACGUGAUGAUCUCUAUGGGGCCAUCAAGAAGCUGUGCUGUGUGCAGUCUCCAGUGCCCUCCCAGGUCAUCAAUGUCCGAACCAUCGGUCAACCCACCAGGCUUCGCAGUGUGGCUCAGAAAAUUUUACUGCAGAUGAACUGUAAACUGGGUGGUGAGCUCUGGGGAGUCGAUAUUCCACUGAAACAGUUAAUGGUGAUCGGGAUGGAUGUAUACCAUGACCCCAGCAGAGGCAUGCGCUCUGUGGUUGGCUUUGUUGCCAGCAUAAAUCUCACACUCACCAAAUGGUAUUCGAGGGUGGUGUUCCAGAUGCCACAUCAGGAAAUUGUGGACAGCCUGAAGCUCUGCUUGGUGGGCUCCUUGAAAAAGUAUUAUGAGGUGAACCACUGUCUCCCAGAGAAGAUCGUGGUCUACCGAGAUGGAGUGUCUGAUGGCCAGCUAAAGACAGUUGCCAACUAUGAGAUUCCUCAGCUGCAGAAGUGCUUUGAAGCUUUUGAGAACUACCACCCCAAGAUGGUGGUGUUUGUGGUUCAGAAGAAAAUCAGCACCAAUCUGUACCUUGCCGCUCCCGAUCACUUUGUGACCCCCUCCCCUGGGACUGUGGUGGAUCAUACCAUAACCAGCUGUGAGUGGGUGGAUUUCUACCUUCUUGCCCAUCAUGUGCGGCAGGGCUGUGGCAUACCUACACACUACAUCUGUGUCCUGAACACUGCAAAUCUGAGCCCCGAUCACAUGCAGAGGUUGACUUUCAAACUGUGCCACAUGUACUGGAAUUGGCCUGGUACUAUCCGAGUUCCAGCUCCUUGCAAGUAUGCCCACAAGCUAGCCUUCCUGUCUGGACAGAUUCUGCAUCAUGAACCAGCUAUCCAGCUCUGUGAGAACUUGUUCUUCCUGUAACUGGCAGCGUGGACACUGGCUACAAGGGGCACCUGGACUCCAGCUCUGCUCACUCUCACAGAAUCAACAGAAACGGCAGUGGGCUUUAUGUUGGCAUUUUCUCUUUCUCCAUCCUUGUAGAAUUAGAUUUCUGUUCUUUUAACCCUGGUAUUACAGUAGAGUGUGGUGGUGCAUGUCUGUUAUCCCAGCACUUGGGAAACUGAAGCAGAAGGAUCUUUAGUUCAAGGCCAACUUGGGCUACAUGGUGAGUUCCAGGCUAGCCAAGGUUACAGAGUGAGACCCUGUCUCAAAAAACAAAACCCCCAUCCCCCAAAGCCCACAACAAAACCAAACCUUGCUGUCGGUCAAGGAAGCGAGUUUCUAGGUACCAGCUACAAGCUGCAUGGCUGCUCUUGUAGAGCACAGUGGUGUCAGCAGUGCUGCUCCUGUGCGAAGCGCAGCAUCAGGAACGCAGCAUUAGGGGGCCAGGUCAGUGAUAAAGCAUGCACUUAGCAUGUAAAACCCCUGAGUCCAGUCCUCAGCAAUCCUCCUACCAAAAUAAGUAAAGAUAAAAAAAAAUAGCCCCCCAAGGCAGCGUGAGCAUUGGUGAUACCUGGAGGUCAUGCCUACAGGACCAUCCUAUUUCUGGUGCCAGAAGUGACAGGAAGUCAUUGCAGACAUCUAAAUGAGAGAGUUACUUUAUUGGGCUGCUGGGGAGGGUUAUAGAAAGGCCUGUGCAGCAUGGUGCUUCAGAGAGCGCAGCUGUGAGCAUGUGUGAAAGACACGCAGUUAAACCAGCACAAGGCACAGUUGAGCCCUUGAACCCACUUGUCCCAGGGGUGUGAGUUGCAGCUACCCUGGCUUCCUGAGAGGCCAGCGAAAGCUGCUUCUCUGCACCUUUCAGCCCCUGACAGGUGCAUGCAUGCAUGCAUGCACAUGCACACACCUUUGCUCUUUGUGACUGAUCUUCAUUAAUUUGAUCAGAAUACAUGAGAAGGAUCCAGCCUAGGAACAUUAUAGAUGGAGUGUAGAUUUUUUUUCUACAAAUGUCUGUAAAUGAGAUUUUGCAAGAGUUUCUUCUAGCUGUGGGCUGAUGUUGCUUGCAAUUUUCAAAAUCCAGGUUCAGGCUUCCUUCCCAAAGUUGGCUUGGACAAAUGUGAUGUCUCACUUUAGUGAGCCAUCCAAGAAGUUGUCCUCAGGCCUGUGGGCUUCAGUGUUUGGGGAAAACAUUGGUUUUCUGUGUGGUUUUUUCCCUUCUGUUUCAAAAUCUUCAAAUUUCUUCAAAUGCACCCCUGGUUUUAUUUGGAGUCUGUGACCAAGGCUAGGCUGAGAUCUGAAAUGUAAAAGCCACAGAAUUAAACAGAACAGACUGAAAAGUGGGUCUUUAGCUGAACAAAUUCUACUUCUUGGAUUUCUUUGGAAGUAUUUAGGUUUGUCCCUAGAAGUUGCCGUCUCUAGCACUCCUUUAUCUUUAGGUAGAGCAGGUACGUAACGUAAUGCCAGAAUGUCUGUGCUUUUCUAUACCUGAUGUUCUUGCCUUGUUUUUCAGUUUCAGUGCCAAGUAAUUGAGCCCUGUAGUGUGAAAUAAAAACCAUCUAUGUGUGUA